AUGGACGCCCCCGAGCUCGCGAUCGCGCUGGACGAGCUCGCCAUCUUACCUCCCGCGUCGCUCGCGCACGUUCCCACCCUGCGCGCCGCGCACGCCGCGCUCCGGUCGUCCCAGUGUCCCGGCGUCGCCGCCGCGCCCGCGCGCGACGUCGCCGACGCGCCCGAACAGCUCGACGUCGACCGCCUCCACGACGUCUUCGACGCGUGCGCGCGCGCGGGGUGCGCGUCGGUGAUCGCGCACUACGUCGACGAAGUGUGCCUGAGCGACGAUGGAAGGUUCUCGAGCGACGACGGCGCGGAGGCGUACGCGCGGGACGGGGCGUGCGCGAGCGCGUGGGCGCGAAGAGCGACGAGACGAGCGAGCGAAAGAGUGCACGCGAGCGCGGGAAGACCGCGAGAGGCGAGAGUGGCGGCGGUGGAGGACGCGAUGCGAACGCUGGAGGCGGCGCGAAGGACGGUGGAGGCGCUGGGAGGAUGGAGAGAGGACGGGGACGAGGCGAACGCGGAGCGAGAGGCGCUGCGAGCGACGGCGGAUGAAGUGGUGACGAGACAGCUGCAGGCGGAGGCGCUGCUGUGGGCGGCGAGAGAGGGAUUGAGUGAUGCGGUGGGGGCGCGAUACGGUGGACCGGCGGCGUGGGCGGGGGCGGUGCAACGGCGAAGGAGCGCGGCGGCGAACGGGGACGCGCGAUUCGGAGGCGCAAACGCGACGACGUUUUUAGAUGAUUUACUCGCGGGGGUGGGCGAGCAUCAGCCAGCGUAUCCGUUCAAGACGGUGACGGAUGCGGCGAAGUGCGUGUUCGUGGACGGGAGCGCGUCGCCGGCGGCGCUCGUGGCGAAGAAGUGUUUGUUUCUGUACUUUUUGCUCGAUUCCGGCUUGCCGCACGACGGGUCGCCGAUGGAGUACGCGCGACAAGCGCGUAUUCAUCCGAGGUUGUUUCAAGAAACGCGCGCAGCGGUAUUGCUCGAUGACUCAGAGAACGAGGCGUCGCUCGACGAGGCGUGCGCGCUCUUACCUCGCGUCGCGCAUCCGUUGUUGCCGGUGAAGUUUAUCGCGAGUUUAGCUCGACGCGGUCGCGCGACGACGGCGUUAAUGGUGGCGCGCGCGCGCGCGCCUUCGUCCUCGGACACCGAGGCCAUAGGUUUAGAUGUUUCAAUCCGUCUCGCGUGCGGUCUCAUCGCCGAGGCGUUUAUCGCCGUCAGAGACGCGUUCAAGACGUUUCCCGAAUUGCGCGGCGAUUCAAAAUCAGGCGCAUACCUCGUGAGUCUGUUGUUAGAUCACGGCGUCGAGAAGCUUUGCCUGGACAAGGUCCUCGAGCUUCCGUUUUACGGCGAGAUGGAGAAGUUACUGCUCGACCUCUUGUGGGCGCGACGCUCGGAAGUUCCCGUGGAGACUGGAAUUUUGUACUUGCUCAACCGAGGACGCGCGCUCGAGGCGUCCGAGUUGUUCUCCAAAGCCAGAAGUGAAGGGCGUUUAGAAGACGAGCACGCCGCGAAACUCGUGAAGCGAAUGCAGGAGAGUUUGUCACGCUUGCCGGUGCCGCAAAAAGUACUCGUGGCGGAAGCCGCGAGGCAAAGAGGCGACGACGACGCCUUGUUGGCUCGCUCGCUCGUCGUGCGGGACGCAUCGGAGGACGCUUUGGCCACCACCGCGAGCGCACUGUUGAUCGAUGAAGUCAAGGAAUUCGAGGCCGUGUUGAAGAGCGAAGACGCCGCCGUCGGCAUCUUGCCGUUUCUCAAACCACCCAUCGAACUUGCGCGCGAGCGGCGAGAGCCGUCGAUCGACAGCGCGACGGCGGCGUUGGCCACGACGAUGUUGCGAAGUUUUUGGGACGUCGUCGGCGCCGCCGUCGUUUCCGCGGACGAUGACGACGCUUCGCGAGAGGACUCGAACGCGCCGCUGCGCGCGGGAAGCUGCGUGGCGAUGUACGCGCUCGGGGCGAGGGAAGGACGAGGGAUGUACGCGGCGCGGGACGGCGGCGGUCGGUCGACGCGCGCGAACGACGCGCCGGCGGCGACGGAGGGGAAGCGCGCGCUGGAGUUUUCGUGCGCGACGCUUCGGCGAGACGGAGUUUCAACGUCGACGUCGGCGAGUGGGGGUGGCGCGGACAUCGAUUCGUUGAUGCUCACGGCGAGAGACGCGUCGACGCAGUUGGUGGUGCUGAGAUUUGGCGAAUUCUACGGGUUUCGUUCGCACGCGGCGGGGGGGAAGCUUUUGCAAGCGAGACGCAAGGCUGCGAGCGAGCUGUGCUUUUACAACUACAACUUUGGAGUGUGCGAACAAUGGGAACUGGUGAGCGUCGAUCACGAGCGUGCGACGUACGGACGGGCGAUGCUGUUUAGGAAUAGACGCUUCGAGCACGUGACGAUCAACGCCGCGGUGGUGGAGGUGCCGAAGGAGUUUUUGCCAAAGUAUGCGUUGGAUGAUAUGAGUCUCUACGACGAUGAUUUGGCGUACGUGGAAUAUGGGACGUCGUACUACGGCAGUGACACGGAAUCCGAAUCGUCGGUGCUCAAUCUAAAACCUUUGGCGGCGCCACCGAGUCCGAGCGCCGCAGCAAACGCGUCGCCGUCGAAGCCAAAAUCGAAACAGAAGCGAGUCGAACAGCAACCCGUGUUGAUCGAGCCACCGAAACCGGCCGAGUCUGCACCAAGUUGGCUUUCCGCCGCCAUAGUAGAAAAGUGGACGCGCAUAUUCAAAGACGAAAUUGAAAUCCGUCGCGGUGUGGAGCGGGAGCUGGAAGGUUUGCGAGAAGAGCUGAAAAUAGUGGAGAAGAGCUGGAUGAACUCGGUACAAACGGUACAGUUAGAGUUUGAGUCUAUCAACAAUGAAGCUUUGAAGACAAUGCGCAAGACGAUGCAGCAAAAGAUGCGAAAGCGCGUUCAAGCGGUUCAGGUGAAAGCGAUAGAGCGCAUGACGCGGACGUCUGCACGCGCGUUCAGGGAUGAAACUUUUAAAAGGUGGAGAGCGUUUGCGGAUAAGGAACGUCGAAAGCGCGUCGGCGUCGUUCGGUUCUUAUUACGGGCUGAUAGACGAGGUCUCGGCGCGGCGUUUGAUGCUUGGAAGAAUUACGCGAACACUCGAAAGUUGAAGCGCGAGAGGGACGCGCUGUUGAGCGCGAGGCGACGCGAGAGUCUUGCUCGACAAUUCUUUGAUAGAUGGAAGUCGUGUGCUUCGGAAUCAAAUCAAACGCGUCGAAUAGCCGCGAGGGCGCAUAGACGUGCGUUGACUGAUAAAUCCAGAGAGCUGAAGCAAAAAGUGUUCGUAUCGUGGUAUUUGUACGCGAAACGAGGGAAGCAUGUCGCAAAGAUUCAGCGUCUCGCGGUGCACAAGAUGCGUGAGCGUCUGAUGUUUGACGCGUUUGAGUGUUGGAAGAACCGAGCGGAAGAGAGAAAAAGUUUCACUCAACGUCUGAUGCGGACGUUCGCGCGCUGGGAUAACCGCACCGCAUGCGCAGCGUUUUUGAAGUGGAAAGAAGUCGUGGACGAUUCACGUCAUGCAAAGAAGACGUACAACGGCGUGUUACUGUGCUGGAACAAGGACUCACGCAAGACGCUGACGAAGCUUCACUUUUUCGCAUGGAGAACGACUGCUCGAUUCGUACGGGUGCAUCGCGAAAAGAUGUAUGCCGUCACGCGGGAACGCAUGAAAAAUAACACAACGCGAAUCGUCUUCCAUAAUUGGAAAAUGCUGAGUGCGCGACGGCAGCGCGAGGAACAACAUCAGAGAGGCGUCGUGCACGCGAUGGCGUCGUUGCGGUUCAAAUAUAUUCGAGCGAAUUUCGACGCUUGGCGAUCACAAACGAUCAAGUCUGCGUUCCGUAAACACACUGUCUCAAAGUUUAUGAACAAACUACGUCGUUACGAACUGUUGAGAGCGUUCCAAGGCUGGAGAUACCGCACGCAUACGUUGAGAACGCAGAGACGAAGCGUAGCGGCGACGCUAACGAGAUGGCGUCAACGUGUGUUGUUGAGUUCGUGGAACCAAUGGAAGUUCGCCACUCAAGAGCACUCUAAGUUGAUCGCUGUGAGCGCGUUAGCCAUCUUUAACCGCCAACGACAGUCUCGACUGCGCCGAAGUUUCGCGAUUUGGCGCGGCAUGUGGCGGGCGCAAAUGGUCGCUCUCGUCAAGAUGCGCGCGUCGCACCAGUUCGCCACGCGUAAUCAUUACUUCACACGUUGGCGGAACGCGAUUCGGCAGCGCGAAGAGAUGCAACGAAUGGUUGUUAGCAAGCGCGUGACUCAUAACUUGUUCCUCGAUUGGUAUUGGGAAACGUUCGGCGAGCAGUUCACACGGCUCAUCGAAGGCAACGAUACAGACGAGUAUCAGACUUUAGUUCGCGUGGACGAUCCUGAGGUGGAACUAUUCCACACGCCCUUGCGAACGCCUGAAAAGGUGUUCUGGAGUCCACCGAAACCGCGUAGGAUUUUAUAG